ACCGGCACCCCCAAAAGCAAAAUGGCAUCAACCGGUGGUUCCGGCGCGUCCGCAGCCCAGUACGACGUGUUCCUGAGCUUCAGAGGGCCCGACACUCGCAACAACUUCACCGACUUCCUCUACCGGACCAUGGUCGGCCAGGGGAUCUUUGCCUACAGAGACAGCGAAGAGCUCCACGCCGGUGACCGGAUCGACGAUCUCCUCAGAGCAGUCGGCAACUCCAAGAUCUGCAUACCGAUCUUCUCCAAAGGCUACGCUUCGAGCCCUUGGUGCCUCCGUGAGCUCGCUCGUAUGAUGGAGCUCUAUGAAUCGACUAGGAAGCCGGAGAUCCUACCCAUCUUUUUUGACGUCUCGGCCUCUGACGUCAAGCUCAAGACGGAACUGUACGUGAAGGACUUGGACAAGUACGAGCAGAGGGCGGGAGGCGACAGCAAGGAACAGUGGGAGGCGGCUCUGAGAAAAGUGGGUCAGAUCGUAGGAUGGGAAGUACAAGGGAAACCACACGGUGAAGUUAUUGAACUUGUUGUGAAAGAGGUUCUGCUUAAGCUGAAAGUAAAACAAAGACAUCUGGACAGCAAAUUGGUUGGGGUAGACAAACAAGUAGAAGCCUUAAAUGAGUUGUUAGAUGGUGAAUUUGGCACUGGUGUGCGUUUCGUCGGAAUUCAUGGAAUGGGUGGGAUCGGAAAGACUACUCUGGCUAAGAUUGUUUUCAAUCAGACCAUAGGUAUCUGA